AUGGAAAUAAUCCGAAAAGAAAUAGGAACAAAAUCGUCUUGUGAAAUCCUGUCAAGGACAAAAUGGCAGUCACGCGGAGCAAGCUUAAUAUUUAUUUUGUCCUUUAUCAUUGCGAAUUUCUGUCUCGUUGGAGCUCAGAAAGCGAACACAGACGCUGCUGUCACCGAUGCUCAUGAUAUAUAUCCUUAUAUUAUAUUGCCUGUAUCCGAUUUUUUUCUCUGGGCUGCCUCGCCGUGGAGUGAGUGCAAACUAGUCAAAUCCGAUGUCUGCUGUGACGAUGGAUGUGGUCGAACUAGAAAUGUGUACUGCAUUGACGCUCGUGACGGUAAACGAGCACCCAUGUAUUACUGCCAGAAACUUGAACGACCGGUUGCGAUCCAGUCUUGCUUAAACUGUUCAGAGAAAUGCGUGACCAGCACAUGGUCUACUUGGUCGACGUGUAGCUCGACGUGUGGACCAGCGACCAAGUAUCGGAGCAGACGCGUUCUCCGCCUGCCGACUGAAUCGGACAGCCAAUCUUGCGGAGCACUUUCGGAAUUCCGCGACUGCACCGAUCUGUCUCCUUGUCCCGAACCUGUUUAUACGUGGAAAAUCGGGACAUGGACAAGUUGUCGUAAGAUAAACGCAACCACUGUUAAUAAUUCAACGUGUGGUGUGGGUCAACGAAGUCGCUUUGUUACGUGUCUGGAUGAGAAGGGCCUGCAAGUAAAUCAUUCACUGUGUCUGAAAAGUUCACUAGGUGAGGGAAAGCCAGGGAAUAAAGAAGCAUGUGAUUUGCCAUGUGAUUGUAUGGUAUCGGAGUGGACACAAUGGAGCCAGUGUUCAAAAACAUGCAGAAGCCACACAAACUACGACACAGGUAUUCAAAAGAGGACACGCAAGAUCACGACAUUGCCCGAGUAUGGUGGACUACCGUGCCUGCCGCUGAUUGAAAAACGACACUGCGAUAUCAGAGACUUACCACUCUGCCCCCUGUAUAAGUGGCACACAGAGCUUGAGUGGGGACAAUGUCGGUUACUAAAUAAUGAAGGUCUUUGCGGUGCUGGACAACAGAGGAGACAGGUAUACUGCAUUGUUGAAGGAGAUGAGCAACUGAGACCAGUGGAAGAGGCUUUCUGUUUGCAAGAUGUAUCAACAAAUUCCACCAAACAGAAGCCCCCAUCAAAGCGUGCCUGCCAGGUCGCCUGCCCUCAAAACUGCCAAGUUGGCGAAUGGCAGAACUGGUCCCCGUGCUCUCAGAGUUGCGGAGAUGGUGGACAGAAGGUUCGUCAGCGGGAAGUGCUAGUUCCUGCCAUGUAUGGAGGUCGUGACUGCGGCCCUCUACUGCAGAGUACUAAAUGUGAAAGUGUGGACUGUGUAUGGUGGUACACAGGGCGUUGGAGUAAAUGUUUUCUGGACUAUGGCAACAGUAGAUGUGGUUCGGGCAGUCAAGUUAGAGUACUCUACUGUAAGAGCGCCAUGGAUGACGUACUUGAUGCCAAGAAUUGUUCUCAUCUGGAACGGCCGUUGCGAACCAGGGUUUGUAAGGUCCCUUGUCCAUCAGAUUGCGUGGUAUCUGAGUGGUCAGAAUGGGGAGAGUGUUCAAGAUCAUGUGGCAAAAAAGGUGGUGUGCAAACUAGAACCAGACAAAUACUAGCUUAUGCAGAUCCGGUGCGGAGUUCCUGCUUGCCAGAGGACGAGUUAGUCCAGACACGAGUAUGCAACGAAGAAGUCUGGUGUCGUAAUUACAUGUGGCAGGUCGGACCGUGGGGAGAUUGCCAUUCUGAUGGCCAGAGUUAUCAUUGUGGUCCAGAUACAGGCAUCCAAGUAAGGGAUGUUACCUGUGAAAUAGACACAGAAACGUCAGCCGAUGAACACCUUUGUGAUACCGCCUCCAGACCGAAUAAUGUACGUACGUGUAACGUAUCAUGCCCCAUUGACUGUAUGCUGAGUAGCUGGAGUGAUUGGUCUGAAUGUAGCGAGACUUGUGGAUAUGGUGCUUAUAAAUACAAAACUAGGAGGAUUCUUCAGUUGUCUGCAUUUGGUGGAGUGCGAUGCCCCAGAGAAGUGGAUGAUAAUGGUGUAAUCACCAAGAGAAAGAAAUGUAAAGACCUUGAGCCGUGUUAUACCUAUCAUUGGGAGGUGCUGGAAUGGAGUGAGUGCACCAUACUGAACGAGGAGUGUGGACCUGGCUACCAGACACGACCUGUGUUCUGUCAGCGAAGUGAUGGUGUACGAGUUGAACCAGGCGUAUGUUUAGAGAAGUUACUGAGUGCUAGGCCAAUCUCUCACAAGCGAUGUCUUCUGCCUUGCCCUGGGGAUUGUGUACUUUCUGAGUGGUCGGAAUUCACUGCAUGCUCUCAGACAUGUGGUGACAAUCCAGGCGUUAUGAUGAGAUACAGACAUGUUACUAGUUCAGGUUCAGCUACUAGCGAGCACUGCUCCCAUAUCGCAUUCUCUGACUUGGAAGACAUUUCCCCUUGCAACGCAGUACCGUGUCCGUCUUACAACUGGGAUGCAGGGCCCUGGAGAAGUUGUCUUCUCCACGAGGGAAACGAUGUCACUGUUAUGGGUGCCACACUCUGUGGUAAAGGAGUACAACGUCGCAGUGUCCUGUGUCGUCGCAACGAUGGUCAGUAUGUUGAGAACCAUUACUGUGACAAAGUUGCUUUAAUGCCAGCAGUGCAUAAGGAGUGUAUGAAUAUGUGUCCUAUUGACUGCCAGGUGUCUGAAUGGGGUGAAUGGUCUGGAUGCUCACAGAAUUGUGGAACAGGAAUAAGGAUCCGAUAUAGAAGAAUUGUAAUCAACUCUCAGUAUGGUGGGAGGAUUUGCCCAUCUACAGUCCAAAGCAGCGUGUGUUUAGAUACCCCAUGUGAACUGUUUGAAUGGAAAGUAUCUGAGUGGAGUACAUGUAGAGCGACAGUGGACCGUCACUGCGGUGUUGGAGUUCAAACACGAGAUGUCUCUUGUCUAGCUGGUGAUGAGUAUAUUGCCGAAUGUGCAUUGAGAAUGCAGUCACCAGAAGCCAUCAGGCCGUGUGAACUGCCUUGUCCUGGCGAUUGCGUUACAAGUGAAUGGAGCGAAUUCUCCGAAUGUAGUGGCGUGUGUCCCAUUGGGGGCAUAAAGUCGCGGGGUAGAGAGGUCAUCAGACAUCCAUCUCUGUCCGGCAAGCAGUGUGAAGACACUAUAGAAUUUGUCCCAUGCAAUAAAGCACCGUGUGUCAUGCAUAAUUAUACCACAGUGAUUGGUGAUUGGACAGAUUGUCAGUUAAUUGCUGGCCACUGUGGAACAGGUUAUAGACAACGGCCAAUCAAUUGUGUGCGUGAGGAUGGCAUCACAGUGUCAGCUAAAAAAUGUUCAGAUUUUGAUUUGACAUUGUCGUUUGAACCGUGUGAAGUCGAAUGCUCAGAAGACUGUAUUCUCACCGAGUACACAGACUGGUCAGAGUGUGAUCACAAAUGUGGUCUGGCGGGUUACAAAACCAGGUCACGGUCAAUUGAGAAUGUGGCUAAGGGCACAGGACGACAGUGUCCAGAUGAGUUGACACAGAAGACACCAUGUAAUGUGGAAGCAUGCUAUAACUACGAUUGGUACAUAACGGAAUGGAGCUCAUGUAGCAUUGAUCGUAAAGGCUGUGGACAUGGUGAACAAACCAGAAUAGUGAAAUGCCAGAGAAGUGAUGGCAAAUUUGUUGAUGAAAUACACUGUGCAUUACAAGGCGAAAUGAAUAAUAUUAGAGAUCUUGCUGAGUUAGAGAAGAUGGCCACUAGUCUGAACAAAACCCAAAAGAAUUUGGAAACCAGAAGACCAUGUGGUCGUCCUUGUCCUGGAGACUGUCAGAUGUCAGCCUGGAGUGAGUUUAGCCCAUGCUUGAAAACUUGUCGUAAUGGGGUUGUCCGGAGUCAACAGGUGCGAAGUAGGCAUGCGAUCAACAGACAGACAGUAGAUGGAAUACCAUGCUCAGAUAACAUUGCAGAGUCAAGGCCUUGUGCAGAACAUGAUAGUUUGUGUCCCAACUUUUCAUGGCAGAUUGGGCAAUGGCAUCAUCAUUUUGGAGUUCGAGAAGUUUGGUGUACUGCUAAGGAUUUGGAGCUGAAUGUUACCGGUGGUUGCGUUGAUGAAUUAAAACCCCCAGGCAUUGCAGAAUGUAUCCCGGAAUGUACCAAACCGUUUACUCGAUGCCAUGAAGGUGCUUGUCAGUGUAUUGAUGGAUUUGAAGGUGACGGAGUACAUUGUUUUCCCGCAAAUGGAUGUACAACGGAUGAACAUUGUGUGUUUGAACAUACAUACUGUGAUCAUGACAACCAAUGUCAGUGCAAGGAGGGAUUCAUGAUGCUCUAUGAUGACCAGGGACCGUGUGCUGAGAUUCGUAGAAUUGCUCACAUGACGUCUACACUGCCGACUUCUGUUACUUCAGAAGGGAUUGAGACUUCCAUGAAACAGACACAGCCAGGUGGUCUGUGGAAGUAUGUUGCCAUAGCAAUUGGUGUAUGUGUAGCUGUAUUAGUAACUGUAUUAUUACUGGUGGUGUUGCUACUGAGGAAAAAGCACACUGGCCAUGCAGAGAUCAUGACCACAGCCACAACGGUGGAGUUUAAACAUAACAACUUCAACACCACAGUGGAUGGCAAAUUGAAAGACAAAAUGUCAAAUCUUGAGAAAAAUGCUCCAAUGAGAUGUUGAUAGAACACUGUGGAGAUCUUCUCAUAAAAACAAAAGUAUUUCACUAACCUACCAUAAAGGACAGUAUGCAACUUUCCAAAAAACAGCAGCAGCUCAGUAUUCUACCAUAGAGGGGAACCUUUUCUAGUUAUGAAAACAGCAGCAGCUAAAUAUUAUGCCAUAGAGGGCAGUAUUACUUCCAAAUAACUAGCCUUUGAACAGUAAUGUGCCAUAGAGUGUGUAGG